UCCACACCCGUUUCAGCUGAAUGUCCUGGGCACGAUGCUACGAGCGGAUGUGAGGAGCCCAAUUGUGCAUCUAAGUCCUAUAACUCAAGCUGCCACACACUCCAAAGCCAGCAAAGGAAGAGAGUCAAGGGGGGAAGCAGCAACAGCAGCAGACGCUGCCUUCGGGAGAUCUUCUGUCCAGUAGAUGGCACACACAGCUUUGCCUUCCUUGAUGGAGGGAGAAACCUGACACGUCCAUGAUCCAGACACUCCCUUGGAUUGGAUCUGCCAGGGGCUGAACAGGGAACCAGGAAAUGCGGGCGCCCUGUGCUCCAGUGAGGUUCUCCUCCCCAGAAAGGCAAGAUUUCUCCCUCCAGAGAGCGAAAUGGGCAACCAGUGCUGCUGCUGCGGAGGCGCCUGGAACUGCCCUUCACCGUUUAAGCGGAAAAAAGAUAAGCCAGGUACAAGAACCAUUAAGUCAAGCACCCAGCAGCACCCAGAGAGCAAGAAGGGAAUGGAUGUUGGGCCCGUUUAUGACGAUGUGUCUGAGUUCCCAGUCUAUGCCACCGUGAGCAAGCCGAAGAGCAUGAAGCGCGACGACAGCAGCGUGCAUUACGCAGACAUCCAGGUCUUCAGCAAAAUACGGGAGCGCUCAGCUGAAGAGGUGAAGACCUUCCAGUCCCAGAACACUACAGAAUAUGCCACCCUCAACUUCCCCCGGGCUACACUGAAGUAUGACAGUAAGAAUGGCACUCUGGUGUAAGAGAUGAACCCUUCUUGCUAUCCAACCCCAGAAGCAUCUCUCAGACCAAGAGGUUGUGGAUUUUGUGUCUCCACUUCCUUGGCUGGCGAACACCUAAGAAGGGUGUGCCAUCUUUCGGCUGCAUCUGAUAAGGGGACACUGUUGUAACGGGAGCAAAAACAUUUCCUCUAGCGUGCCAAGAAAAUUACUAUUUGGGGCAAGAUGACCAGAGACGUUUCUGAAGCUAGUAGAAUCUCUCCUCUUUUGUUUCUUUUAUAAUAUAAAGAUAUCACUGGGAGACCAAGCUACAGGGUGAGAAUGGCACGGCUGGAAUAUUGGUUUGCUUCCAAAUGACCCGUUUGUUGAGCGUUCAUCCUGAUUUGUUUGCAGGGAGGUUAGGUGACUUUUGUGAUUUAUUGCGUAUUCAUCCUGAUUUGCUUGUGAGGAGGUUAGAUGAUGUUGUGCCAAGCAAUUGUUAUCCCAUACUUUCAGUGCAUUUCUCCAUCACUUUCCUUAUUGCAAGAAGUCCAGUUUUUUUGGGGGGGGAGUAGGUUUGUGAAAGAACUGCAAAUCAACUUUAAUGUGAUCAAAUCCCCACUUAAAAUAGCAACAGUCUGGAAGUGCCUUUGGAGCUAAAGAAUAUAGAAAUUGUGAUGCCCCCCUCCCUUCAGAUCAAUAGUAACUGGAUUCCAUUACCAUAUUAUGAACAUUCACUGUGAAAUUACAACCGGGGAGUAUCAUUUAGGAUGCACAGCGAGAGUGAUUUUUCAAAGAAAGCGGGUACUAACAUAACCAACAAUAUCCAGAGGCGUAGCCUUGUUAAUAUAUUGCAGCAAAAAGGAGAAGAAAAGAAGAGAAGAAAAGAAAAGAGAGAGAGUCUUGUGGCACCUUAAAGAAAAAAACAACGACAUUUUUUCAUGGCAUAAGCAUCUUUGGACUUCAGUUCAGUUCAUCGGACACAGAUAAUCAAAAAUGUUACUGCACGAUACUACAGGACAAAUGUACCGAGAACAUUUUCCAUUUGAGUCGUCUUCAACUCAGCCAUAUAAUCACAUUCAUUUCAAUAAGAUUAAUCCUACAAGAAAAGGAUGCAAAGACAAGUGAUUUGUGUGUAGGAAAUUCAGGACAUACCUCUUCCUACAUGGAAUACAAGCUCGUUUUGUUCAUGUGGGCAACGCCAUCAGAAAGCUCAGCCCCCAUUUCCACCUAUGGCAAAACAGUUCUACAUUUUCUUGGAUGUUAAGCACCUAUUCAUAGAGUACACAGAUUGUGGCAGUGAAGUUCAGUGAAAGCAUAUGGGGCUGAUUUACCUGACCGUUUUUGAGGCAAAAAAAGCUGUCACAAUGUGACUUUUGCACCCAGUUUCUAUGCAACACAGUUGUCUUGUGAAAGGAUCAUUAUGUGAUGAACAGCAACUUCCCACAUUCUAAUAUUAGCUUAUUAGUUUUCUUAUCCAAAAUAGGCAGUGUAAGGUCUCCCAAGGCUUCUGGUUUUUUUGUGUGUGCAGGCACUUGUAAAGCGGGCUUGACCUUUCAAGGGAAGAGGUGGAACUGGGAGCCUUGGCAGAAAGCACAGGUGUGACCUUUGGGUGUUUGUCAUUCUUAUAGCAUAUUUGAUAACGUGUACAAAUUCAAAAAGUCUAAAACAAAUUUGUGAUGAUCGUCAAAUAGCUGCUUUUUGGCACAGGGGAAAACAGUGGCACAAAGCUCACUUCCUGCAUCUGCUGGUCCAACUCCUCCUCUUCCUUUCCGUUGUUUUCGCACCCUGCCCAACCCCAUUUUGCCACAGAAGCAGUGAUGUGAAUGGGGAGAUGGAACAUCACACUCCAGUCGCCUCUGGGAUGUUUUCUGCUUUGGGCCCAGAAGGAGAGGGGAAAUGAAUAGGUAAGUGAUGAUGACAGGGAUUGAAGAAAAGUUGGACCCACUCGGCGAAAGGGGCUCAUUGUCAGGGACCGGAAAGCAGAUUCCUCUUCAGGAGAGCAAGUCAAGGACUCUGAACCAAAAGGGGGGAGGGUACGUCCCAAAGGUGCCUCUACCUGAUGAGCCUGAGGGGUUCAGAGUUCCUUUGGCCAGAGGAAGUGGCAUUGCUGUCUUCUGAUUCAGAAGACUCCACUGAGGCCCCAGUGAGACCAGAGACUCCCCCGCUACAUACCACAGUAGGAGACUCUUGGAGAGUCUGAAAUCUAAAGCACUCCUUUGCCACCUUAACAUCCAUGGCUUCUGCCAAAGAAUCCUUAUGGGUACUGAGAGUUGUUAGGAGACCUCCCCCAGAGCAACAUGGGUGUCAGAAGUGGUAUAAGACUGCACUGAAUGCAUGGUGCAGGUGUGCCAUCACUUUUUCACUUCCUAGAGUGCAGUUGACGUUCUUCCCAACUUGUCCUGCCUCAGGUUGCCUAGUAUUCAGCCUCCACCUAGCCCUGCGCCCAAGGCUGACCUCUGCUUUGCCUUGCCUUGCCUUGCCACGGAGCAGGACCCCUGCUGAGGGCGGAUUGCCCAAGGGCCCCAUAACCCCUGGAGCUUUCUCUGGCACAGGACCAUGGCUUGGUCAUCAACAAGCUGGUCUUUCAAAUGGAGAGCCCUCUGCACAACACCCCUUCCUCAUAUGGCUAGUCUUGCAUCCCUAGAGAGGCAAUUGCCUUUAUGAUGGGUGAAACAUGGCUGUCCCAUAGAAAACAAAUUUGGGGGGUCAGUUAGCAAGCAGCAUAAAGGAGGUUAUUUACACUCAGGCCUUGUUGGUGCAUGCAAUUGCAAACCUGUUGCUAAGGAGGAGACUGCAGCCACUUGUUUAUGUCAAUGCAGGAUGACAAGCACCUAAACUAAUGCUCAGCUUAGCACAUCAACUGAACCUGGAAUUUGGGUUAAGGUCUCUCCUCCUUAUCCACAAUCUGAGGCCAAGGUUUUCCCUAUAGUUUGUUGCAUGGUUUGGAUUAGUGUUACGUGUGAAUGAGGCUGGUCUCGUUCUGCUCUUGGCUGCAGACUGCUUUAUGUUAUCACACACAAACUGGUUCUUCUGUCUAUCUAGUUGACGGAACAAAAAUGGAACAUGUGAAAGUUGUCUUCCAGCCAUAUCAUUUGAUGCAAUUGGAUAAGCAAGGCCUCAGACUUUUUUAAAAAAAAUUCUGCACAUGAAGUAACAGCAAUAAGCACUGUCCUCAAAUGAGCUUCACUGUACAAAGCCAGUAUUUUAUCUCUGGUUGCCCAGGGGAACGCUAAGAAGCUUGCAGAUGGGUCUAGUAUUACACGCCUGGUUUUAGAGGUGCAAUGUAUUUAACCAAUAAUCAAAUGCUCUGCAGGGAAAGGGAAAUAAUAACAGCAAUUUUGCCUGUUUAGCAGGCGCUAAAUAGAUGACAUGUGAACAUUUAAAGUGCUUCAAGAUGAUCUACCUGAAGAAUUUAUUUUUAUUAUUUGCUCUGGUUUUAUAUCAGGCAGACACACCUUCUUGGCUUCUGGUUCCUGUUUAUUUCCAACAAUUGGAAUGAGAUCAGACCAGAAAUGGGUGUAUGUAGUUACUCAAGUGGUUUUGCCUGACUUAUUGAACAAGAAUCCUGACAAUCUCGUUUCACUUUUAAUAGACUGGUUCUCAAGGUAGCAGGAAUACAUAAAGCACCUCAAAUUCAAGAGGUGAAAACAACACUUUCUGAAAACUUUUUUGAUGAUUUGACAAGGUUUACUCAGGAGUUUGAAUUUUGAAUAUCAGGAUGCAUGAUAACAAGCCUUUAGUCACCUUUAGUUAAGUAUUCAGCUGGCGCUAAGAUACAGCAUUGGUUGCUUAGUGAAAGUUUAAUGCCACAGAAGACAAAGAGCUGGAGAAACUGAAGUUUGAAAACAGUUUCCCGGGCUUCCAAUAAACAACCAAAACUGAUAGCUAUUUAAUUGAUUUUCACAAGUGUUGUAACUUCUUGGUGAUAAACCACAUCUUCAGCUGGAGCUAACCUAUGAUGCCAUCAAAUAUUAAAAAAACAGAGUAUUAUUGUUGCUAGACUCCUUGGACAUACACUUAAAUUGGCAUUGAAUAUUUCAGUUUCUUAUCUUCAAACAAAUUUUUUUAGUGCUUUCCCUAUGUUUAAACAAACUGCAUCCAGAGGAAGUGCAAGGUAUCGCUCACUUGUGGCUUAGUACAGGGGUCAGCAACCUAAGGCCCAUGGGGGGUUGUUUAACUGGCCCAUGGCCCCCUGCUCAGUCAGCUCCCGUGCACCGCACUAAACUGGUGCGGAGCAGAGUGGGGACCGCCUUCCGCGAGGCUGGCCUGCUUCCCAUUGGCUGCAGGAAGCUCCUGCAGCCAAUGGGAAGCUGUGCAUGCCUCCUCCGCACUGGACGGAGUGCUGGAAAUAGCAUUUGCACGUGCGUGCCAGUCCACCGUGGCAUCUGUGGGACCGUGAACCAGCCCAAGCCACAAAAACUGCUGACCCCUGGCUUAGUACCAUCUAAAUUAUGUUAAUUACAUGUCAAUCUAGACAUGCAGAUCAGCUGUAGCUCAGGAAAUGUGACCUCAGUGCUACACAGGGCCAUGCAUCCAUGCAUCAAACUGUCCUUCAGUGGGUUAAUUUUAGCUUGCCAGCCAGCUGUAUAAAUGCCUAAGUUUCAUACUGCACUUCAGACAAUUUUGUUCUUGAUCCCGGUAGGAUACAGUUAAUUAAUAAAAUCAUAUAUUUAUUACAGUGGGAACAGCUGGAGAAGGCAGAAGUCAAUAUGUUUUGCUAUUAAAAAAUAUUUGGUCUUGCUCAUGCAUGCAUUGAAUAAUGGAUAAAAGUUGAGCUUUAUCCAAGUCGUUAAAUGGCCAUAAGAUGAAUUAGGUCAGUUCUGAACUAGCUUAUACUGGCAAAAGGUAGCACUGAGCAGCUUGUCACUCUGUUAAAUAUUAUAUGAAGGAAAGCUAUUCCUAUUUUCAGCACAAGCAAAGCUGAAAAGCAGAAAAAGAAUCUGUAUAUAUCCUGAAUUAUUCUUAUUUUAUUGUAAUGAUUUGUAUAAUGAACAGUAUAACUAAAUGUGUUUUACUAAAAGGAAACUUUAUGCAAACACCUCUGUGGAUACUGUCUUUGAAUGGGAUUUUUCCUCCACCAGCAUUUGUUCAUAAAAAUAUUGGAAAUAGUUAAUGGAGAACUUCCUGGCUCCUGGGUUUAGGGGCUGCACAUUUUAUUAUUGCAAAUAAAUAUUUUUUUAUAGUUAA